AUGCUAUUUCAAACAUGCGUAGCUCUUGGCGCUGUUCUCAGUCUCGCUCAGGCCAAACCUACGCCCACAGUGCUACAGUAUGACGAUGUCAUCGUUGCUGGCAAAGAUGGUUCGGUUGUAGUCAUGAAAGAUUACGAAUACGAGCUCAAGGAAGCGCGUGAGACACUACAACGCCGAAAGGCAGAUGCUGCCCGGAGCGCAGAUCAACCUGAAAGCCAUGUGAAUCAUCGUCGAUGUGACGAGAGUGUAGAAUAUCAAGUGCUGUCUGACACGAACUUCAACGACUGGGAUGUACCUAUGUCUCCUGUCAUCGGUAACAUUGGCUCAACCGGUGCUUCAGUCGCCGUAAGCAAAGGGUACACCGUAGCUGAUAGCGCCUACGGAAAUAACAUAAUCUCACGAUCCUUCUUGGAGAAGCUGCUAGGUGUCGAAAUGCCGAGCGGCGGGACGUGGACCUGGACGACAAAGGAUGAUCAAACUUUCACGUUUCAAGUCCCUCAGGGCCAAUACGGACUUGUCGUCAGUAAUCCGUACGUCCGUCGUGUCACAGGAAACUACGUCUCGGGAUGCGUCGACUCUCCUAGCUACGACCCGUGGCAGAUAACCACGCACACAACGCAAGAGUAUACCAACAUGCAAUGGGUCGCAGGCCCUAUUCGGCUGUGUAACAACACCGCCUACCCCAUCCCGUACUGUGUUGGAACUGGGACGCAUGCAUAA